AUGUUGCAGGCAAUCAAAUACAACCAGGGUGUCUUGGCGAUUCUCGACCAGCUUCAGCUGCCAUUUGUGGAAAAAUACAUCCCCAUCCAGACUGCAGAGGAUGGCUGGCAUGCCAUUAAGGAGAUGAAGGUGCGAGGUGCCCCCGCCAUUGCCAUCGUGGCGAUGCUUGCGCUCUCCUCGGAGCUUUGGUCGCUUCGUGCGGCGAAUCAAAUUCCCGAGUCACCUGAAGAGACACGGGAAUUGGUCGUUAGGAAGUUGGACUAUCUGGUGACAAGUCGGCCUACCGCAGUCAACUUGAGCGACGCUGCUCGGAAGCUGGAAGCUCUUGUGACGAACCAAGCAACGGAAAUCGGGAUGACAGGUCUCAACUUGGUAUCAUCAUUCAUCCAAGCUGCCGAGGAAAUGCUAGGCAAAGAUUUGGAGGAUAACAAACGUAUCGGACACCAUGGGGCCGAGUGGAUUAUGACCAAUGCAACCAAAGCGGACACCGUCUCAGUUCUCACCCACUGCAAUACUGGCUCACUGGCCACAUCAGGCUACGGCACCGCAUUGGGGGUUAUCCGUUCGCUGUCGUCCAGAAAUGAGCUACGACAUGCCUAUUGUACAGAAACGAGACCUUACAAUCAAGGAUCUCGCUUGACCGCCUUCGAAUUGGUCCACGAUCAUAUUCCUGCCACGUUGAUCACUGACUCUAUGGCGGCUGCUCUGCUCGCGGAUGUAAAUGUGGGGGUGUGUGCUAUUGUUGUCGGAGCAGACCGAGUGGCAGCUAAUGGAGAUACGGCUAAUAAAAUCGGCACAUACGGAUUGGCUGUCUUGGCCAAACAUCAUGGUAUUAAGUUCCUAGUCGCCGCACCCCUCACAACCAUCGAUCUAGCGACACAUUCUGGUGGUGAUAUUGUUAUUGAACAGCGCCCGGAAUUCGAGGUAACGAGUAUCAAGGGCCCUAGAGACGGGGUGGAGGCUGCAGAUAGUGUGGUGCUGGAUACCAUUCGUAUCGCUGCACCCGGCAUUGGCGUCUGGAAUCCUGCAUUCGACAUUACCCCUGCGGCUUUGAUAGACGGGAUCAUCACAGAGGUCGGGGUGGUCGAAAAAAGCCCAUCCGGCCAAUUUGACCUUGCCCGCCUGUUCAACGAUUCUCUUUCUCGGUCUUGA